AUGGACGGACUUCAAGUCGCUCCCACGCAACAGAAGGCAGUCAACCGAGAUGCCGAAGGCUUGCAGCAUAUCGCCCCGCCGGAGACGGUAUACUAUGGAUCUGCAAACUGCCCUGACUUAUGGAACAAUCCCCUCAAAACACCUGUGAGAAAGAAGACGAUUUGCGGCUUACAACCGGUGGUGUUCUGGCUAUCGGUGAUCAUUGCAGUGCUGCUUGUUGGAGGAGCCAUAGGUGGAGGAGUCGGUGGUUCGUUGGCUAGUAAGAAUCACGACACGAAUACAUCACCUCAGUCAACGAGCGCUCCGAUAUCAAGUGCUUCUAGCCCGUCCACCACUCAAGAAAGCACCACCAUGUCGACGACUUCGUCUGCCCCCGUCACCUCUGGCACCACCGGAAUCGCAACGGAUCCCUGUCCGGCCAUCAAUCAGACCACCAUUCGAGCCUCCACCGGGUCGUUAUUCUCGGUUCUCUGCAGCGUGGACUGGCCUAAGGGGGUCAAGUCGGCCGAUGGGAGGGGCAAAGUGGACGAUACUUAA